AUGCGUGUCAUUAUGUGUAGUAGUGAACUAGUAUAAAGUGCUCUCUCAUCUCUUCGUUUUCCAUCAUCCAAACAACAACAACACUAUCAUCAUCGUCUCAUACUUUACCUUUCAUUUCAGAGUUACAGCUACAUAAUCCAUUUUAGUUACAGUUAAUUAAUUUCCAGUUCGAUCCAUCUUGUUAGUAGUGAUCAUCAUGGCUGAGGAGAAUCAGAACAAGUACGAGGAGACUACCUCCGCAACCAACUCUGAGACAGAGAUCAAGGACAGAGGUGUUUUUGAUUUUCUCGGUGGUAAGAAAAAGGAUGAAGAACAUAAGCCUGCUCAAGAUGAGGCGAUUGCCCACGAGUUUGGUCACAAGGUGACUUUGUAUGAAGCACCGUCGGAAACCAAAGUUGAAGAGGAAGGUGAAAAGAAACACACCAGUCUCUUGGAGAAACUUCACCGAUCUGACAGCUCAUCAAGCUCCUCAAGUGAAGAGGAAGGAGAAGAUGGUGAGAAAAGAAAGAAGAAGAAGGAAAAGAAGAAGAAAGAAGACACUUCGGUGCCAGUUGAGAAAGUUGAGGUUGUUGAAGGAACAACCGGUACUGAGGAAAAGAAGGGUUUCCUUGACAAAAUUAAGGAGAAGCUUCCCGGAGGACACAAGAAAACAGAGGAAGUAACAACUCCUCCACCAGUUGUCGCUGCUCAUGUUCCAACUGAGACAACAGCUACAACAACUAUUCAUGAGGGAGAGAAGAAAGGUAUUUUGGAAAAGAUCAAAGAGAAGCUUCCUGGUUAUCAUGCUAAGACUGCUACUGAUGGUGAAGACAAAGAUCAUCACAAGGAUGAGACUACUUCUCAUUGAAUAUGAUCGAUUGGUUGUGUUGGUUUGUGGCUUUGGGGGUGUUUUGUUUAAUUAAUUACUAUCAUUAAGGCCUUGUGUGGUGAUUUCUUUCUUGAAUUAAUGGUAUAUGUAUUUGGUUCUUAACUUGUCUUUGUGGGUACUUUUUUAAAUACACAUAAAAGAAAAAUUUGUUUGGGUUUA